ACAAAUACAAAGGGUUCACGCUCUGAUUCCGUGAUUCUCUUCUCUCCGUGGUCUCGUUUCCUCUUGGCAGCCUUUUCUUUUGGGUUUCUUCUCGUUGUCUUUCAUUCGCUCUUUUGUUCAAUAUGACUGGGCUUCCUGGAAAUGGUGAUUCUGUUACCCUUGACAUGCUUAAAGAGAAAAUGGCUCAGUUUGCUAAGGAGAGGGACUGGGACCAGUUUCAUAGUCCAAGGAACCUUCUUUUGGCUUUGGUGGGUGAGGUUGGAGAAUUGUCUGAGAUAUUUCAGUGGAAGGGUGAGGUUCCAAAGGGACUUCCAGAUUGGAAAGAAGAGGAAAAGGUACACCUUGGUGAAGAGCUUUCAGAUGUAUUGCUUUAUCUUGUGAGGCUCUCUGACAUAUGUGGUAUUGAUCUUGGAAACGCUGCACUGAGAAAGGUUCAACUCAAUGCCAUAAAGUACCCAGCAAAAGAUGAGGGUUGUUCAACCAAGCAGAUUCAUGGCACUAGCACUGAAGCUGAUUGAUUUUCGCGUUUCUUGUUCGUUUCAAUUUACUGUUGUUCUUUAGUUGUUAGAUGACUUUGGUAGGUUAUGUAAUAUUUCUUGCCAUUGCAUGGAAACUAGCAAUAGCAUCGUUGGUACAUUGUCUCUCCUAGAUUUUAUUACUGUUUUGGCAGAAUCAAAUCUCAUGUGACAUAUAUCAGAUAUGGUGAAAUCUCUAUUUUCUUUCUGGAUUUAA